AGAGAGAGAGAGGAACAAUGUCUACCAUCGAUUUGGCCUCGGGAGAGCAGAGCUAUGACAGAGCGAGCGAGCUGAAAGCGUUCGACGACUCGAAAGCCGGCGUCAAAGGCCUCGUCGACGCCGGGAUCACCGAAAUCCCCAGAAUCUUCAUCCGACCGGACGAGACAUCCGAAGACAGCUCCGGACCGAGCGGCGGCACCGAGAAUCUCAGCGUCCCGGUCAUCGACCUCGGCGGGAUCGACCGCGACCCGGCCAAGAGGAAGGAGGCGAUCGAGGGGAUGCGGCGCGCGUCGAAGACGCUGGGGUUCUUCCAGGUGGUGAACCACGGGGUGCCGGCGGCCGCGAUGGAGGAGAUGAAGGAGGGGGUGAGGCGGUUCUACGAGCAAGACGACGAGGCGAAGAAGGCGUUCUACACGCGGGACGUGACGAGGAAGGUGGUGUACAACAGCAAUUUCGACCUGUACACGGCGGCGGUGGCGAACUGGAGGGACACCUUCUUCUGCUACAUGGCGCCGAGCCCGCCGUCGCCGGAGGAGCUGCCGGAGGUUUGCAGGGACAUACUGAUAGAAUACUCAAAACAAGUGAUGAGCUUAGGUGGGUUGCUGUUUGAGCUCUUGUCUGAGUCUCUUGGGUUGAGAUUGGAUCGCCUCCGGGAGAUGGACUGCGCGGAGGGCCUCGUGGUCAUUUGCCACUACUACCCGGCAUGCCCAAGGCCUGAGCUGACGAUGGGGACGAGCAAGCACUCCGACAACGACUUCCUCACGGUGCUCCUGCAGGACCAUAUCGGAGGCCUCCAAGUCCUCCAUGACAACCGCUGGGUUGAUGUUCCUCCAGUCCCUGGAGCUCUGGUGGUCAAUGUCGGUGACCUCCUACAGCUCAUAACGAACGACAAAUUCAAAAGCGUGGAGCACAGAGUGUUAGCAAACCCGGUGGGGCCGAGGAUCUCGGUGGCCUGCUUUUUCAGCACAAGCUUCCAACCGUCGUCGAAGCUUUUCGGGCCGAUUAGGGAACUGUUGUCUGAGGACAAUCCUCCGAUCUACAGAGAGACCACAGUGAGGGACUAUCUUGCCUACUUCAAGGAACAUGGCCUUGAUGGAACUUCCCCUCUGAGACACUUCAAGCUGUUCAAAGAUGAUGAGCCUGUUUACAAUUUUCUGACUGCUUCUUCAACUUCAUCACUUCUAUGCUGGACGGAGUGUGCCACUUCCAUGAGCAAGGCGCUGGAGAGAAGAGACAGUUCUAUUCGUGAGAUUUCACGAGAAGCGUUGUGUACCAUAGCAAUUUCAACCUGUAUAGAGCAGAGGUGGCAAAUUGGAGGGACACCUUAUUCUGUGUUAUGGCACCUAAAGCUCCUGAGGCAGAGGACUUGCCAGCGGUAUGCUGUUAUGACAAAUUUGGGAAUUACCUCGUCCGAGGUCCUGUUGGAUGCACUCGGGUUGAAGCCGAACCAUUUGAAGGACAUGGAAUGCACCGACCGACUCAUCCUUCUGAGCCAGUACUACCCCAAAUGCCCACAACCAGAGCUCACUCUACGAGCCAGCAAGCACAUUGACAGUGACUUCUUCACCGUCCUCCUGCAAGACCGUGUAGGAGGUCUCCAAGUUCUUCAACAGAAUCAGUGGAUCGACAUGAGCCCUCAGAGUUGUGGCAAACAUGGGGCCGAGAGUGUCUGCAGUGUGCUUCUUUACACGACGACGCCGCCAUUGCCAAAACUGUAUGGUCCGAUCAAGGAGUUGAUUUCUGUGGGCGAUCCGGUGAAGACGGAGAAACCACCAUCAUGGAGUAUAGUUCCCACUUUAGCACGAAAAGUGAUGGGACUUCGGCUCUGCAGCAGUUCAAGCUGUGAGCUUGGCAGUGGCAAACAACUGGUGCUACAAAUUGGAAAGGGGAUGCCUACAUUAGCAGAAAAUAAACCCGAGCGUGAUACAAGAUUCCUGCGCCGGAAGAAAAGAGAAAUGGCGCCGGAGCUGAUACUCGCCUCCGACGUUGGUUACGACCGGCAAGCUGAGCUGAAGUCCUUCGACGACUCGAAGGCCGGCGUCAAGGGCCUCGCCGACGCCGCGCUGACCAAGAUACCAAGACUCUUCGUCCACGACCACCUCGACCUCGAGCUCGACCGCGCCUCGGAGUCGCCAGGACCGUGCCCGAGCGUUCCGGUCGUGGACUUGGGAGGUGCGGGCCGGGGCUGGAGCCCUGGUGAGCGGAAGCGGACGGUCGGUCUGGUCCGGGAAGCCUGCGUGACGUCGGGGUUCUUCCAGGUGGUGAACCACGGCGUGCCGGCAGCUCUCACGGAGGAGAUGGUGGAAGGGAUCCGGAGGUUCCACGAGCAGGACCUCGAGGCGAAGCGCCAGUGGUACUCGCGGGAUUACGGCGGGAGGAAGGUGCUGUACAACAGCAACUUCGACCUGUACCAGGCCCCGGCGGCGAACUGGAGGGGCACGCUGAGCUGCGUCUUAGCUCCCCGUAGUCCGGAUCCUCAGGAAUUGCCUGCUGUCUGUCGAGACGUACUAAUUGAGUACAAGGACAGAAUUCUGGAAUUGGCAGAUACCAUAUUUGAAUUACUGUCAGAAGCUCUUGGCCUCGACCCUAGCUACCUGAAAACUAUCCACUGUGGGGAGGGACUCUUCUUUGUUGGCCAUUACUAUCCAGCAUGCCCGGAACCGGACUUAACCCUUGGGACUGGUGAUCAUACUGAUAGUGGCUUUCUCACCAUUCUUCUCCAAGACCAAAUUGGUGGCCUCCAGGUCCACCAUCAGAACCAAUGGAUCGACCUUUCCCCAAUUCCUGGAGCCCUUGUAAUAAACUUGGGAGACUUGAUGCAGCUGAUCUCGAAUGAUAAGUUCAUUAGCGUGAGUCACAGAGUUCUAGCCCUGAAAAUCGGGCCAAGGAUUUCAGUGGCGUGUUUAAUGAGGCAGCAUCUCCCUCCAGAGAAUUCUUCAAGGUUGUAUGGCCCUAUCGAGGAGCUGCUAUCAGAAGAAAAUCCCCCAAUUUAUCGGGAAACUACGGUGAAGGACCUUGUUACUCACUACUAUGCAAAAGGACUUAAUGGUGUAUCUGCACUGGAACAUUUCAAGCUAUGAAAUAUAUUGUAUACAACAAUUCAAGGAUGUUCUCUCUUGAAUGACAGUUGGAGACAUUUGAUCUGUGUAGUUUUUCAGAGCAUUAGCUCCCCGGCAAAGCAUUCAGAUGUGGUUAAAUUUUAAUAGAGUAUAUGUUUGUAGUGCCUGGCAAACUCGUACUUAUGUAACUAUUGUGCAUUUAGAAGA